AUGGAGGAGGUGAUGGAGGAGGUGAUGGAGGAGGUGAUGGAGGAGGUGAUGGAGGACGUGAUGGAGGACGUGAUGGAGGAGGUGAUGGAGGAGGUGAUGAGGAGAGGAGGUGAUAGAGGAGGUGAUGGAGGAGGUGAUGGAGGAGGUGAUGAGGAGGUGAUAGAGGAGGUGAUAGAGGAGGUGAUGGAGCAGGUGAUGGAGGAGGUGAUAGAGGAGGUGAUGGAGGAGGUGAUAGAGGAGGUGAUGGAGGAGGUGAUGGAGGAGGUGAUGAGGAGGUGA